GAGAGUGAAGGGCUGCCAUCACUCCUGGGGGCAUGUGUGGUGACGGCCUGAAGCUGGAAGCCUCCUGUGGGUGAACAGGUGGUGAGUGUGGGCCCCAGCAGGUGUGUGUGGACCCCAGCAGGUGUGUGAACCACAGCAGGCGUGUGUGGGCCCCAGCAGGUGUGUGUGUGGGCCCCGGCAGGUGUGUGAACCACCGCAGGCGUGUGUGGGCCCCAGUAGGUGUGUGGGCCACAGCAGGCGUGUGUGUAGGCCCCAGUAGGUGUGUGGGACCCAGCAGGUGUGUGGGCCCCCAGCAGGUGUGUCGGCCCCAGCAGGUGUGUCGGCCCCAGCAGGCGUGUGUCGGCUCCAGCAGGCGUUUGUGGACCCCCCAUCAGGUGUGUGGGCCCCAACAGGUGUGUGUGGGCCCCCAGCAGGUGUGUGCGGCCCUGAGAGGGUGUGUGGAUGCGAGGCGCGGAUAGAUACAGCCCAGAGGAACCGAGGAGAGCCUAUGGUGGCAGGGAGACGGGCUCCUACAAGAGCAUCAGGAUGCGCACGGACUGGGGCAUAUAUGAGGACCCAGGACACGUGCGCGGCGGCAUCUACAGCGUCAGCGACGUGGCGGGCGUCGGCGUCUACCACGACGGAGGCGACGACGCCGGGGACGACCUGAGGGACGACCGGGGGGGCGAGGAGAAGGUGUACGGCUUCAGCCCCCCCAGCGCCCCCCGCCUCUCCACAGGGAAGUGGUCCAGUACACACAGCCUGGCGCCCGCCGCCUCGCCCGGCCGCAGUGUCCACAGCGCCACGGCAGGGGGCCACCGCGCGUCCCUGGGGGAGAGCCACAGACCCGCCCACGCCCCUACAGCAGCAGCAGCAGCUGCAGCACCCUACUCCAGGGACUCCCUCAAGCGACGCGACUACUCCCGCCAGCACCACCAGGCGCGCAACGCCCCCGUCGACGCCCUCUAUAGAAGCGUCGAGAAGCGCGCCGUCAACGGCAGGGCGACACAGCAGGGUAGAGGCUACUCCGCCUCCAGUAGAGGAGACUACGGCUCUCCAGCCUCUAACUACAGGAGCCUACGGGGCUACCCGCCCGCUGCCGACGACUACGACGACCGGGAGCCCAGGAGCUUCGACAACUGCGUGCUGAGCAACGGCUACAGCGGCAGGUCGUCGGAGUACACGACGCGGGGGCAGAACAGCUUGAAACGCAGCAAUAACAAGGGUUACUUCACCUCCAGCGAGCUGUACAACAACCGGCGGUCGUACCCGCCGCCCGAGGCCAACCACAACAGACCCACCGUCACCAAGGGCAUCCUCACCAACACCGGCAAGUACGGCGGCAGCGCCAGAACGACUGCGCUCUCCAGCUACGCGGCGACGGACGGUCGCAACAACCAGUCGCCGUACAGCGGCCACAACAACGACGAGGGCAAGAACAACCUCUCAGGUGCGGACACCUACGACAAGCGGGCCGGAUCUUACGCCAGCAGACCGGCUGUCACCAGCAAAAGCAGCCAGACGGAGCUCUCCAUAGCCAGCGACCUGCAGCUGGCCAGCAGCGGCAAGACCUCUUCCUCCCUGCAGGUGCCGGAGGGCGCCAGCAGCGGCAGCAGCAGGCGCAGCAGCAACAGCACUCAGCAGGUAGGCUUGACCACCGGAGCAGACAGCAGCAGCAGCCAGCAGGACGGGAAGGAGGAGCGGUAUGAGGCAGGAGGAGGAGGAGGAGGCCGCAGGGAGGCCGGCAGCCUGAGGAAGGACCGCAGGAAGAACACCAAGGACGAGCAGAACCAAACGGACGAGGAGAUGAGUCAGUGGGGCGUGCAGUGGGGGCCCGCGGUGGGGGCCCAGUACCACAACCACGAGGACCCGCACCAGCGGGCCCCGCCCCUCCCACGCCCACCCAUGCCCCCGCAGCACUACCCGGGCCACGACAGCCACCCGCAGGCCGCCCACCCCUCGCCCACACCACCCGAACAACGGCACUACGCCCAGCAACAACACAACCACGCCCACCACAACCACGGCCACCACAACCACGUCCACCACACCCACCACGCCAGGCAGCAGUCUUCAGGAAGCAGCCAGACGCUGGUCAGAGCGGACACCUCGGACGGUCGCAAGUGCCGGGACUGCAUGACCCGGGUGCCAUACGCCACGCUCAUCGCCACCUUGAUGUGCUGUGUGGGCGUCGGGGUGUUCUGCGGCACCAUGUACAGGGGCACCACCCUCACCCUCAGGCUCUUCGAGGACGUCUUCAAGCUGCACAUUAAGUGGGACCGAGAAUACAGGGUAGAACCAGUGCAACUAACUUUCAUGGUGGUUGGAGCCGGCAUGGGUGGCCUGGGGCUGAUGAUACUCUUCGUAGGAUGCCUCUCCACUGGGGACACUAGAAAUAAGGUCUACAGAACGUGGCGAGGACGAGUUGGCGGCAGGAUCUCGUGUGCAAUUUUUAUGGGGAUCACCUACCUGUUGUCACUGGCAUGGCUGACGAUGUUUGCUGCACUCAUCAUAGUGACGUUAUUCUACACUCUUGCAUGGUUCCAGUGUCUAUACAUACCUCAGAAUGAGUGUAUUGACUACAACCAGUUUAGUUUUCUUUUCCCUGAGGGAACACCUGAGGAGGACAAGAGAGUUUGCACUGGUGAAAGGAAGCUCUUCUGCAAGGACUAUGUGAAUAAUGCUGAAAUUAUGUUUAUUUUGGCAUCAGUUUCAGCAUUCUUGGUUAUUCUAUCAUUGAUACACUAUCUGAUGUGCCUAGCUGCAAAUUAUGCACACAUAAAGGAUCAAGAAAAAUUUAUGGACCUACAGGAAAUUCAAUUUCUUCACGAGUCCGAAAUGUCAACUCUUCCCAAAGACCGCUUCUAGGAUACUGCCCAAGGGAUUUUUUGGCGCAACAACCAGCACAGUCGCUACUUUCAGACAGUUGCCUGAUUAUCAACUGCAAAUCUCAAAGCUUGGAGAGUUGAGUCACAAAAUUAUUGCAAUACAGUACUGUAGUGUACAGUAUGUAAUUUGUACAAAAUUCUUUGUUUAAAUUUUUUUACUGUCUCCUUGUUAAAUUAGAUUGAGGAAAUAUUCUUCAGACUCGGACGAUUUGGUAUUCUCAAACUCUCCCAGAGAAAAGAUUUUGCAUUCUUAGCGGGCUGGAAGUUUUGAUGGCCUCAUUAAAAAUGCAGAAAGCAAUUACUGUAUGAGUUUUUAGUGCUCAAGGACAAAUCUUUAUUUGCACACAGUGCAUUGCUUGAUUAUUGCCCAUAUUGAGUGCCUGCAUACUUGGUAAACAUUUACUUUAAUGAGGUUGGAUAUCUUCAACCAUGAGGCAUCCUGAAAACUGUAACUGGCCUUCUUACUACUAAUAAAGACUGGGGACCACUCAAAAUAGAGACCUUGUUAAUAUUUUUACUGCUCAAUAUCCAUCUAGUUACUGGAGGUGCCAUUACUUUCUCAGCCUCUGGUUGAAGACAUUUGGGAUUAGGGGCAGAAAGAUGGUUUGCUUUUGUUGUGCUUUCAUUUUUUGCUGUGCAGCUUAACUUUCCAUUACAGUGAGUUUGAAGAAAUCCUUUUAAUUAAGGUCUCGGACAUGGGUUACAUAUAUUUAACGAGUAUGAACUACUGUAACGAAAAGUUUUUGUGCUGUGCAUUGUUACUAUGUAGGGUGAAGUAGUGGUUUCCUUAUAGACACUUAGUUUUCUUGGCUUAUGUUGUUGCUAAUACUCAAAACCAUUCAUAAUAUACAUGUUUGCUCCAUUAUUACAAUUUCUUUUAAGAUAAAAUCAAAUUAGUUUUAAAUGCAAGACACUUCAUAAGGAUUUUAACAUUAAGUAGCUUUAUUGUUUUAUAUGCAGCAAGUGUGUCACUCCUUAGUUUUUUUUUAUAUGAAUCUAACAGUACUAAUUUUCUCAGUGGCACUAACCUACAUACAGUAAUUAUAAUUGCAAAGCCUUGAUAGCAGCCAUUGCUUGUUGUUGACUAAUUCUUACUAAUCUUAAUAACAAUUGUUUUGCGGAUUGAUCUCCCUGCCCUUUCUAGCCUCGAGUGUAUGCUUCAAAGGAUCCCUUGGGUAAAUUUUACAUGUGGAUUACUCUAGAUCAUCUGGCCUAUUGUAGUCCAUUGGAAAAAUUUACAGUAACCAUUAAACUAAGGAUUGACAAUCUUCAGUGAAUACUGUGUAACAUUGUUCAAGUUGUAAUUAACCAUUUAUGAUAACAUUUUCCAUAGUUUUCCUGUUGUGUGUUUUGUAUCUUUGUGAGAGGAGUGAGGAUGAAUAAUAUUGAGGUGACUUGAGGUUGAAGUUCCUCAGGAUGAUUAAGAGUCUUGACAUAUAUGGUGAUAACCUCAUGUGUAGUAUGCUGCUAUUAGCUCUCCUGUCCUCCCCCCUCCCCCCCGCUCCCUAGCCUUAGCCUACCAACAGCUCAACUGUUCACUGUGGAGCUGUUAUUAACAAGAAGCGACAUAUCAUCUUUUCUGUUAUAACAAGUAGUAACGCAUACUUGAGAUGUAUUAUUCAGCGAGUGUGGUCAACAUUUACAAUGCUGUACCUUGCAGGAAUGUAGCUAACUCUUCCUAAUAAGCCUUUUCCACAACCAUGAGAAUUGACGGCCAAGUCUCGUCAUGUGCAUAACUUUAUUGUUUGUUUAUAAUUUUGUUAGUUAUGUUCCACUCUUGCUGAAAAUUCACAAACUUGGCCUAGGAUAAUAAACCUCUUUUUAGAUUUGUGUGGAAGGAGUGUAUGUGAUUAACAUAUCUGCAUCAGUAGUUAGCUUGAUGCCGUUGUGUGUGUGUGUGUGUGUGUGAUGUCGUGUGAAUGUUCCUCUGUGGGAAGUUGUUGUAGCUUGGAAAUACAAUAUAUAAUUUUUGCUUAAUUCAGAGAGAAAUAUCUUGCAUAACUAAUUGUGCUAUCAAAUCAAUAGUGAACAUACUUUUUAUGUUUAUAUGAUAAUGAUCUGACUGAUUCAACAGUUGGUGUGACCUUAUUCAUUGCAUGCCUUUCAUCAUUAAGGAAUCUUAUUCCUUAGUCAUUAUGCAUGAAUGGCAUCUCUGCAGUCAAAGUAAGCUGAUCCUUUUUGUGUGUAUAUUUUGUAUGAUGAAUAUGAUAUCUGAACAUAUUCUGUUGUAAAAAACAAUAAAAUUUUAUACAUUAAA